CAGGGGAAAGAAAGGUGUACAGUGGAGUGUGUGGAGCCAAGAAAAAGACACAGCCGGUGACUCAGCGGCUCGGAACCCUCAUCUCCUGUUUUUAUCCGCCGCACAAACACCAACUCCUCCUGGGUUUCUUUUCAUGUCGGCUGACUUCACACAGUUCAAGUGUUCUAAGCUUUUUUGCUUUUGUGAUCACAUCAACUCUAGCAACAGUUGCAAAAGGAUUUACAGAGGUUUGAGCACGGCUGUCCAAAGGCUGCGAUGUCUUCAAAAAUGCAGAGCUCCAGCAGCAUGGCCCAGGCCAGGCGGAUGGUGCAGCAGCUGAGGCUGGAGGCCAGCUUUGAGAGGAUAAAGGUGUCCAAGGCUUCAUCUGACCUGAUGCGUUACUGUGGAGAACAUGCCAAGAACGACCCACUGCUCAUGGGCAUCCCCACCUCAGAAAACCCUUUCAAGGACAAGAAGCCUUGCACAGUUUUGUAAAAAAACUUUCUUUGCCUUCCUUUUGAUUCUUAUGAGGUAGAAAAUAUGUUCCGUAGAUUCACAACUUAUCCUAAGGCCAGUGUCCCCCCCACCCUCUUCCCAUUCCUGCUGUAGUUUGAAGAAUGUAGUCCUGCCUUGCAGUCAAAUGACAGUUUCAGCCAAGAGCAGGCAGCAGUCUGAAGCUGUGGCAUUGGAUGACAGAGUUCCUGCCUCUCUAAUUAUCACAGCGUGCAGAAACAAGCCCCCUCAAUCAUUGGACCAAUCAGAUUUAGCCUUUCAGCUUUCACCUCUGACUCCAGCUUUCUUCAGGAAACAUUUGUGUAGGUUGUGUGCUGCUGAUAAUAGCAGCCCAGAUAAUGAUAUCCUGUCACCGGACCAGCAAUCCGUGCUGUCCAUCACAUGAGGUGAAGUGGAGGUCCAGGGCCCAGAUGCACAUUUCCUGUUUAGUUUUUCUCAUGUUGUCACAAUCAUAAUAAUAAUAAUAGAGUUUGAAAUGAAAUGUUCCCUGUUCCCUUCAAGCACAGUCAGAGCAACCACAUUGUUGACAUGCAUAAUUUAACAGUUCACUUAAAAUGUAGAUUUUAUGACUUUAUUUUUUACAUGAGAGCAACCCGUCCAGGUACUUUCCAUCAACGUCAUGGCCCCGCCUCUUGGGAUGAAAAUAUCACAGAUUCUGAGGUUUUCAGCAAUAACAUUAAAAACAAUAAGAAUACUGUGCAUUAUUUAGCUAGGAGAAGCCCAACAAUUCCAUAAUGUGUAUGUCCUCGUAGGACGAGUGGAUUUCUUUGGCUUCAGCAUUUUAAUGUAGCAUCUUCAUAUACUACUUUGACGAUACAGUUAACCUCAUUAGCAUCAUAAUGUAGCUUUGACGAAGUGUUUCCCACAGACUACUGACACAGUCCCAUUGGCUGGGAUUUCCAUCCUCUCUCUGGCCUGAAGACACCAAUCUCUUAUUUCUUUCCAUUAUUUUCUUUGUAAAAGUACAGCAAAUCUGAAAUGUUGAUGUUUUUUCUUGUUUGCCUUGCAAUACAUGACACAGCAGCUUUCAGGCAUGAUAAAACGAUUUUAUCCGCUUGGCGCUGAUUCUUCGUUUUCACCAGAAAGGGGGCGGGGCCAUCGUUAUGCCAGGCAGUAACAUGGGCCUGCUCUCAUCUAUUAAGAAUUGUUUUUGCCAGUGCCAGGGUAAAGUAACUGUAUGUAGUCCUUUCUGCCAUUCCCAUUAUACUCCAGACUUUCAAUAACUACUUGUCCUACUCUUGAGAAAACAGUCUAAGUGUUUUCUCUAUUAUUUUCUUUGUAUUGGCCUUUAUGAAAGAAAAAUGAAUAUAAAACUCAGUCCAACUAUCUGUAAUAUUUAAAUGUGUAAAGCUAAAAUGCCAGUAAGAACUUUUGAGAUCAUUGUACAUUGUUCAUGACCCUCUUUAAGAGGUACUCCUUGAAUUAGACAUUUUAUUAUGAGGCCAUCAUUGCUGGAAAAAAGACCAAUCUGUGCCAUCUUGUCAGAUAUAAAUAUAUAUAUAGAAACUUUUCUAAGGUCAGUAUGUUCUAUCUGCAGAGCUGAGGCUUGUUGCUCUAUUAUUCAGGCACUUAGAGACCUGCUGUACUCUUGAGCUGAAAAACAUUCCAUGUUCACAAGUGCUUUACUUUUUAUUUUGAUUAGAUUUUAUUUUAUGAGAGGACUUAUUACUGACAGUGUGCAGCUGUGACUGUGAUGUGUGUUUUGGUGCUGAAGCAAAAAUAUAAGCAGCUAAUUAAACUACAAUUUCACCAGCCAGGGACUUGAUAAUGAAACUACCUUUGAGUCACAUAAGUGCUGUUGUCUAAUACUGUGAACAGGGAGUAGGGAGUAUAUGUUAUCAUGACAUUUUAUUACAGAAUGACUCAUGUUCAAUAAAUAAUUUAGAUAUACAGUAUAUCCCAUACAUCCAUAACUAUUGUGGCGCAGUGUGUAUGAGCCACAGUAUGUGCUUUUUAAAGUUGUUAAAGUACUGAUUUUACAGAUUCAUUCCUAAAGCAUCCUUACAUUCAAAUGUUUUGACGUUUAACUUUUUGAUUUAAAACUAAACAUGUUUUUUUUAAUGGUGUAUUUUAUAGAUUUUUACUGGUGAAUAGGAAUGUGUGUUUUAAGUGGAGCAACAAUAUUACACUAUGUGUGGUUUCUCACAUUGUGUGUCUGCCUUUACCUGUCUGUGCUAACUGUCAAUAAAGCUAUGGAAAACAA